AUGACUCCGCUUUUGCGGAUAAUACUAGACGAGGUGCGAAUUGCAGCGAAAAAGUAUCCAAAUGACUUUGGUUAUAAUGCUGAUAAGUCAGCAUACAAAGCGAUAUCACUGAUGCAGGCAGUGAUAGCUAAAGUGAACGCAGUAUGUAUGAGAUAUCUGGACAAUUCUCGGUUGGACACUCUCCCUCCGCCACCACGGACACAAAAGGAGUUUCUGACAGUUUCCGCUGCUUUGCGGAACUCACGACGCGUUAUGGAGGAUCGACAUGUUGAAAUUGGGAACUUGGAAGCGUUGUUUGAUAUUGAGGACGAGAGAAAACGAAUAGAGGCGUCUGGUGGUACCGUGAUGUAUUGGGGCACGUGGCGAGUGAACGGGCAACUCGCCGUCUCUAGGGCGAUUGGUGACGCACAAUACAAGCCAUACGUGAUUGCUCAUCCAGAACAGGCUGCGUUAGACCUGGACGGUGAUGAAGACUUCCUUGUGAUAGCCUGCGAUGGCCUCUGGGACGUGGUCAGCGAGGAUGAGGUGGCGUUGGCUGUGUACCGACAGAUCACUGCUGAUCCAAAACAGGGGGCAAGAAGCUCGCCCGAUGUUAAGUUAUACCAUCCCCAAUAG